AUGUCUUACACAAAUCAAAAUGUCCCAAGCCGUAUUCUUGGCCAGAGAAACUUCGCAUAUGCGAUAAACCAAUUUCCUGCUAGAAGCCCAAUCCUGGGUGGGAGAGACAGCUCUGAAAAUGAAUCAGACGAUGCCUCCGUAACCAACUCUACUACUACACAUCAAGGAAUGUCUCGCGGAAACGCAACAGGUCGUUCUAACCCAUGGCAACCACCAACUACCUCGAGAAAACCACUUACAGCUAUGGCAAGACCAGGACCUGAACGCCAAUUGAGCUCAUCUCCUGAAUAUACUCCCGCAAGCCCAAGCUUCGCUACUGCAGGUUCUACCAACCCACGCUCUCCUGUAUUUGCGGCCAGAAACCCAAACUUCAACCCAAGCUCUUCCGGUCCCUCGAAUGCUCUUUAUGCUCACUAUCAAGCCCAACCCCAAAGCCCAACAUCGGGACCUUAUCUUCCCGACUAUCAAUCUCCAGGAAUGAAUUAUCAGGAACAAUUCACUUCUUAUAGGGCCAGACCAGGAAAUUUCUUUGCAUUGCAACCACCACCUAUGCUUCCAAGCCUUACGAGCAAUUUCUUCCGAAACCAGGGAAGCAUGAACAACUCGAAUUCUUCAUGGACACAUUCAAAUGUUUCUAGAAGAAAGCGACUAUCCGAAGAAGAUGACGAUUUCUUUGCACCGCCUUCUAAGCGACGUCAUUAUUCGUUUGGAUUUUACAAUGAGACCACUGCUAGGGCAACAGACCAGACACUUCAAAAUUCUCGCAAUAGAGUCUACAUCAGUAGCAACUAUGGUACCACUCCUGCUGAUGGAGAUGUCGAGAUGAACAGUUAUAGAGCUCCUGAAAGCUCGAAUAUCUAUUCUGGAAUGGUUUAUCAAGCAGCACCUUCAACGCCGAGAGGACGUGUAGCCGAUGAUUACAACGGGCCUCUAGCAACAUUCCCAGGCGACAUUGAAUACACUACUACGGAGACGGCGUAUGGACCUAACUAUUCAGGCGAACCUGGUUUGGUAAUUCAACAGAAGCCGACCUCUACUCUUGCUCGUGACACCAGUUCAUUUGAUUCUGCUGUUGCUACUAAGCCAAAUCAUCUCCCACAGAUAUUACCGCGACUUCCGCCACUUGGCACUAUGUUCAGUGGUUUAAGCUCUAUCCAAUCUCCACAGGCAUCGCUGCCCAGCUCGAAUAAUGAUUAUCCCACGGGACCCCGAGACAAUAUUAACCAUGACAAUAUUCUCAGCCCAACGCCACAGCGUUCCAUUCGGGCCGAAGUUUUUCACUCCCUUGAGGCCCGCGAUGCCUCUGUUGAUCCUUUGAUCCUCCAUUCAUAUGCCCCUUCUCCUGCUCUAUCAGAAGGCUCUACUCAUGACGCAGAGAACCAGAAUUCGAAUGAAAAUCCUCCCGUCGAAACCCCCCAAGAGGAAAACUCAAUCAACAGACAUGACACAGAUUCCGUCACUCUUGCUGAAGAUACUCCUCGACAGUCCAUCGAGGUCCCCGAUGAUACCGACAAUGAAUCAGUCGUCUCUCACCAUUCCAGGAACAACAAUGCCGAUGACAAUGAAUCAGUUAUCUCUCAUCAUUCCAGGAACAACAAUGCCGAUGACAAUGAAUCAGUUAUCUCUCAUCAUUCCAGGAACAACAAUGUCGAUGACAAUAACAACCAGUUGCUAAUCCUCCAAGAAGAAGUAACUGAUCUCGGAGUAGAAUUGUACGGAGUUCAACGAGAAUUAAGCAACCACCGCGAGAAUUUUGAGGCAUUUUACACCCUAAACACUGAAUAUUCCACGGAAAUUCCAACUAUAUCCGGCAGCGUCGAAAGAUUAGAACGAAGAAUCCAAACUCAAUCCGACGAAACCACGCUAUUGCGCAACGAAAUCAACACACUUAGAGCAGAAGCUUCUGAGCAGCGAUCUCGAUUCAGUACAUUCAUGGACUUGGUGGUUGAAGUCGCGGAUCAAUCGAAUCUUCAUGGCGAACAAAUCAAUCAGCUCACUCAGCGAGAAGCGAGAGCACAAAUUGAAAUUGCGAAUAAUGCCACUGCUAAUAAGGUGGAUGAACUCGCGACUUUGAAGAGAGAAAUCACCAGACUUCAGAAUAGAGUCCUCACAUUGCAAAAUGAGGCAUUAGAGAAGCAGAUUGCGGAGUUGCUGCGCGCGAGCAGUGGUCUUUAG